AGCCGGAUUUCUUGCGGGCGGGCUGGCGGCUCGAGGUUGACUUCCGGGUCACGGUGGAGCACGCUCUCACGUGGAGGCCGGGAGGUUUGGCCCGCAGCAAUGGUCACAAAGACCCACAAAGCAGACUUGGGCCUUGGGGUCCCAGAGAAAAAGAAAAAGAAGAAAAGGAUGGUUGUUAGAGAACCAGAGACUCAGUACUCAAUGUUAAAUAAUGAUAAUUAUUUUUCCGACCAGUCUCCCACAAGGGCCACGUCCCAUUUUAACUUGGGCCAAGGGACGUUCCCCGAGAUAUGUCUGGGGAAAAAAAAGAAGAAGAAAAAGAAAAGUCACAGCUUCAUUGGUGAGCUGCCCCAGGAAUCCGAACCCAGAUUGUCAUGUGCCAGGCGGGCAAAGUCCUACAGCCCUGGGAAGCAGGCUCGUGAGCCGUUGGAGUUCGUUUGCUUGGAGAAGAAAAAGAAGAGGAAGUCCUUACCUGUAAUUACUUCCCACAACUCUUGGAUAAAGACUUCCCCAGACCACACAAAGAGUGAGGAAAUGAUGAAGAUUGGCAAGAAGCUCAAAAAACACAAGAAGGAGAAAAAGGCCCAGGAUACUUCUGCCUUCUCCCACCAGGACCGGUGGCUCUAUGAGGCUGGAGAUGCACUGCGCACAUGCUCAGUGGGGAAGGAGACUGAGGAGCAGACCGCCUCCGGGCAGAAACGGAAACAGGGGAACCCCAAAGAACACAGUAUGAAGAUGAAGAAGAAGAAGAAGAAGAAGAUCCAUCCGGAGAGAGACACUUACUUAGGUCAACUCAAAGUUUCCAAGUCUGUGGAGAACAACUCUAGGAAAGGAAGUAAGAAGAAGCCAGUCAAGAUUGAAGCUCUAGAAUUUAUCCCAAUAGGAGAUGGUCCUAAGUCCCCAAUGAAGAAGAAAAUGAAGUCCAAGAAAAAGGUAGAGCAUCCAGUUGAGGAGUUGGCUCUAAAAAGGAAGAGAAAGAAGAGGAAAGAAGGUGGGGAAGUCAAAGACCCUUGGGAGGAGACAUCCGACACAGACUUGGAGGUGGUGUUGGAAAAGAAAGGCAACAUGGAUGAGGCCUGCAUAGACCAGGUGAGGCGGAAGGCUUUGCAGGAAGAGAUCGACCGGGAAUCAGGCAAGAUAGAGGCAUCAGACUCCAAAAGCUGGACGGGAACCCAGUUUGGCCAGUGGGAUACUGCUGGUUUUGAAAGUGAGGAACAGAAACUGAAAUUUCUCAAACUUAUGGGUGGCUUUAAGCACCUGUCCCCUUCGUCCAGCCGCUCCGCCAGCACAGUAGGCAAGCCCAACAUGGCUCUGAGCAAGAAGGAGGCAGACAGCCUGCAGCAGAACCUGCAGCAGGACUACGACCGGGCCAUGAGCUGGAAGUGCAGCCGCGGCGCCGGCCUCGGCUACUCUCCCACCCCAGACAAAGUCUUCUACAUCGACAGGAACGCCUCCAGGUCCGUCAAGCUGAGCGAUUAAACUCCCAUCUGGUCUCUCAGCAGCCCACCUGGCUUUUCUUCGUGUGGCAGGUGGAAGCUGCAGGCAGUUAUCUUGAACCAGACACUUGCGAAGGUUCAGGACAACUCUGGAUGGGUGGGCUUGGAGGAGCAGGGGGUGGGGACUGGUGUUUGCAGAGCACACAUGGAUAGGGCGUAUAUUCCAGCUGAAGCUCUACUGUUCCACCAUCUUAUAGGAGAGGCACCACAGCUCAGGGACCCCAGCAGUGCAGGCCAUACCCAUCUAGGGCAGGUCGCCACUACUGGGACAAAUUGAUGAAGGAAAGCAGAAGUUUUGGGGUGU